GGUAGAGCGUAUGGUUAUCCACUAGCGGUGUUGAUACGAUAGGUAUCGGCUUUUUAAAUGUUAUAGUAGAAAAUCCAAUCCUCGCUCUAAAAAUCAGUCCGUUUCAGUGAAUCAGUUGCUGUCUUGUCGUUGUUACGAUUUGAAAGACUGAAAUCUUAAACAAAAGACAACAGUUAGACAGCUAGCGAAAUUAGCUUGCUAGUUGCGCCAGUUGUAUAGCCUCCACUUAGCAAUUCAAGCUAGCAAACCCAAAUAAAAUUCAGAGGCUUGACAUUCUGAAAGACGUCUUCCUCGGGUAUUGCUUGAACAAGCUGUGACAGAAUGACAUCUAGGAAGAAAGUGCUGCUCAAAGUUAUCAUCCUCGGAGACUCGGGAGUUGGAAAGACCUCUUUGAUGAACCAGUAUGUGAAUAAGAAGUUUAGUAAUCAGUACAAAGCAACAAUAGGAGCCGACUUUCUGACGAAAGAGGUGAUGGUUGAUGACAGGCUUGUCACAAUGCAGAUCUGGGACACAGCAGGCCAGGAGCGUUUCCAGUCUUUGGGUGUAGCUUUCUAUCGUGGUGCUGACUGCUGCGUGCUCGUAUUUGAUGUGACCGCACCCAACACCUUUAAGACACUGGACAGUUGGAGAGAUGAGUUUCUGAUCCAGGCCAGUCCCCGUGACCCAGAAAACUUUCCUUUUGUGGUGCUUGGCAACAAAAUCGACUUGGAAAAUAGACAGGUGACAACCAAACGAGCACAGGCCUGGUGUCAGAGUAAGAACAACAUCCCGUACUUUGAGACCAGCGCUAAGGAGGCCAUUAAUGUAGAGCAAGCUUUCCAGACCAUUGCACGCAAUGCUCUUAAGCAGGAAACUGAAGUGGAGUUGUACAAUGAGUUCCCAGAGCCAAUCAAGCUCGACCGGAACGAGCGAGCCAAACCGUCGGCGGAAACCUGUAGCUGCUGAGGACAUGGGAUCCUGCAGGGGGGCUCUGCUGUUGACCCUCACCUUCUCUUGCCUUGUUUAUCUCACCCGCCCCGC